GACGAAUUAUACCGAGCAAGCAAGAAUGCGACCAGGCGCAGAGGAGGUGGCGUACUCCUCCAGCUCCAGCUCGAGCUCGAGCUCGAGCUACAUCGAUAUCUCACGAACAUACUCGAGGAAGUUCGGGCUCCGCGCAUUCUUCACUGCGCCUUCCGAGCGCCGACGUCUGCGCCGACGCAGGAGCAGCCGCUUGUUCAGGAAUGCGAACUCGUCGUCCUCGACCGUGAACAGCGACCUUGCGUAUGGAACGGGCUUUAUCAAGCGCCCGAAGCGCAGAGGUGUUAGAGCUAGGAAUGGGAGGGAGAUUGGCACUGAGAGAGCUAGUGAUAGGGAGAAUAAUCGGAGAAGUAGAGGAGAGAGGAGGGAGGACGCGGCGGCGGCGAGAGGACCGCUUGCAAGGGCUCAGACUGAUGCGGAGAUAUUGGCUAUUGGCGCUGGCCUGGCGAAGCUUGCGAGAGAUCAGAAUAGGAGAGAUUUGAUGGAGGCAAGGAAUAGCAAUCGAGGAGAUCUAAUUGCCGGGGGUUCGACCACUGGAUUCAAUAAUCAGGGACCGAGUCGCGGAUUGGUAAACUCGAGGCCAUCACAUGGAUCAGAUACUGUUGAUGAGGAAGGGUGGGAGUCGGCUUCUGAAUCCGAAGAAAGUGUCGAUUCAAGAUUAGCGUUCGGGGAACCAAGCAAAAGCAGUGGAGGCUUUUUCGGACUCUUUGGAAGGAAGAAGGGACGGCCCUUGAGUAGGAAGGACUCCGUAGUCGAUCCCCGACUUUUCGGGCCCCAGAAUACCCUACAUGGUAUUGUUACUGAACCCGUUGGAUUUGAUGAAAUUACGCCAUGGGCUUCCACCAAUGACUUUGGACAGCAGUUUUCAGAGGGUCCAGGAAUCGGUCCAAGUCACACCGGUUCUCAAGCAUCACUACAACGAGUCUAUCCUAUUCCUACCUCAGACCCGGGAAGAUUCGACGCCAGAGCAGCUUCAGAGGUUUCUGGGCCAGAGCCAAUUGUCGUCAGUCGACCAGGCCCUAUCCCCAUCCAGCAGCCUCAACCUAUGGUGCCUAUUUCUCAGAGUGUUUAUGGGCGAAGGGAAUCAGGUAGCAUCUCAAAGCGGGAUUCAACUUCGUCUGGUCGAGGCAAAUCGCUUGCUGAAGCUGCCCUAGUGGGUGUUGCCGGUGCCGCGGUCGGUGCAACAAUUGCUUCUAGCAGGGAUGAUCGAAAGAGAAGAGAAGACGAAGAAUUGGAUGAGAGAACCCGCAUCAGACGUCGUGAUAGCGAGAAAGAGAGCAAAGACGACCGACGCCGAGAGAAGCGUGGUAGUCCGGACCGAGAGGAACGCAGAGAGAAACGUCGAGAGAAGGAUGAUUCCUCUCGAGUGUCUUCUGACAAGCGCCGCGAGAGGCGUAAAGACGAGACUCGCGAAGAAAGGGAUGAAAGACGUCGUCUUAGGGACGAACCCCGGGACGAGAAAGAUGAGAGACGUGAGAACCGACGGGAGGAGCGACGCAACGAGCGGUUUGAUGAUCGAGGCUCGGCUCGCCGCACUAAGAGCGAGACAGCUGUGCCUACAACUGUUAUUGAUCCUUUCCAGUACCAGGUUCCAGAUGAUGCUUUCGAGACUGUGGCUACGGAGCCUUCUCAAAGGACAAUCGAAGCAGCUCCUGCAGUUCACUAUGUUACUGUCGAGCGUGAACCGGACUUCAGUCGUAUUGCACCAAUUAGGGAUGCACGCACGCCUGACUUUAUGCAUAUGCAUCGCCAAAAUCCGCCCAAAUAUGUGGAUAGUGGUCCGGGAGAUCGGGAGUACGAUUCUCGUGACCGAGCAUUGCAUGAAGCCGAGGAGAUAUACGAAGAGACGACACACUCUACAGCUCCUAUUGCUGCAGCUGCGUUCGGUGCUGCAGUUGCUGCCGUCCACCAUGCCGACGCCGAGCGUGAAACUAGAUCCGACAAACGCAGAGAUGAGAGGCGUGGUGAAAAAGGAAGCUCUUAUGAUGAUUAUGACUCCAAACCGCGUGAUAAGAAGCCCGAGAAGGGAAGAGAUCCUGUUCAGGAAGAAGCAGACAGGGCAUACCGCGAGAUUGUCAUGGCACGGAAAAUCGCAUCACAAGUCAUUCGCUCCCGUAGCAAUUCCCCUGAUCGCUCGGUUGUGGAGAAGUACACAGCAGAGGAGGAAGAGGAGCCCGUCCGAAUAGUUACUCCGCCUGGGAUGGAAGACCAGAAGAAAGUUGGACCUUAUGAUGCUCCAAACGCUGAUUUCCAACUCGACCACGUCUUGGAGGAUCCUUUAGACUUGCGGAAUUUCAGGAUCUCGCCCACGAACAUGGUCCGUGUUGAUGCUGAAGGUCCAUAUCUGAAGCGGGAUCCCGAUGCUGACCGGCCUCGUCCGUUCCUAAAUCUUGUUCACCCAACCCCUACGCCAUCGCCUGCGCCUGAGAAGCAAGCCGAUCGUUCUGAACCUGCUACUUCAUCAGAGCCCAAGGAUCGCAGAGACUCAAAACGGUCCUCUACUUCUGAUGUCAAGUCAAAGGAUGAGGUGGUUGAUUCACCCACUGCUUCGAAUGUAUCCAAAGGCGUUACUUGGGGCGAAAAUGAGACCAAGCACUUCGAGGUUGAAAGCCCAUCCGAGCACAGAGAUGAGUUUGUGUCGAAAUCCGACAUCAACGCUCGAGAAUCUCAAGAGGAGCCGCAACCUAGUGCCAGCCCCAAGUCCAAGGGAUGGGCUGCCCUUAGAGGUGCCUUUAUGGGAGCUGCGGCUGCGGCUGCGGCUGCGAGCUCAAGUGAAACUUCGAAAGCAUCGGAAUCUAAAGAAGAUGAGAAGAAGGAUGCACCUUACGAAUACCGGGGCGUCGCUGUUGAGCCGGAGAGUCCUCCACAAAGCUCAAGUCAACGAGACGCACCACCUGCUGGUCCUAAACCCUCCGCUUCCGAGACUUCACGUGUGCCCGGCGCUUUCAAUGAUGAUCUUGACUUCACUGCUACUGUGGCCGCUGGAUUGCAAGACUCUGGUUUUGAUCCUAAUAUUGUGAUCGAUGACCCGUCAUUUCGAAGACGAAACUCUCCACCAGGCUCCAACGAUUUCACGCCAUACCGCACUCCAUUCGCCGAGACAGUUUCUGACCUUGGCGCUAUUCCAUCAGAGGUGUCAGGCCCUCAGGGUUACAUUCUUGGUGAGGUAGCCAGCACACCGCAAGAUUGGCGCAGCGUUUCACCUCCCGAAGGCGACGGAAUUGCAACUAAGCUAAGCAAAAAGGAACAGAAGAAGCGUGAUAAGGAGAGAAGACGAAGUGGAGAUGUGACGCCCCUCGAGGAAUCUUCUGCCAUGAGAGACGUCGUCGAAGAGCCUGAAAGAUAUUUUGAGCCUCCUUUGAGCAAGAAGGAGCAAAAGAAACGUGACAAGCUUGCACGACAAACCAGCCAAGGAGACGAUAUAACCCCAUCCGUUGCUGAUGAGAUUGUCGAGGAGCCAGAAAGCUACUUCGAAACCCCGAAAAAAUCCAAAAAGAAGUCCAAGAAGGGCUCGUCUGGCGUUGAUGACUAUGCGGAAGAGACAUCCCGGGAUAGCAGAAAGGUGUCUGUUCCUGUUGAUGCUUUUGAUGAUUUACGCAACGACGACGACGAAUGGGCUGACGCUAAGAAGUCCAAGAAGAAGUCGAAGCGUGACAGCGAUCGCCAUGAUUCUCCUGCUCGAUCCGUCCCAUCUUCAGAGAUUGCUUCAGAGUUGGAGAGAUCAUCAAGCAAGAAGUCCAAGGACAAAUCAAAGCGGAAGAGCGAGCAACAUGAGGCUGACCCAACUGAAACCUCUCUGCCGGCUAGCACACCAUCUGAGACUAGUAGAGAUGGAGACUUUGAUGAUUCGCGAGGGAACAGAAAAUCAUCGACCAGAGACAGUGGUGUCUUCAGUAGUGCUGAUCGUGGAGACUCUCGCUCAGUGGUUUCGGCUGAUGCUUCACGUUACGGUGAUGACGAGCCUCGGAGAUCCAAAAAGAAGUCCAGAAGCAGCACCAAGGACGACUAUGAUGAUUCUAGAUCAGUAGUUUCAGCACCUGCUGGCGACGACUACGAGGAUUCGAAGAGGACCAAGAAAAAGGAUAAAGACAAGGACAGAGAGAAAGACAAGAAGAGUGGAGGUGGCUUCUUCGGUCUUUUUGGCUCUAAGUCCGACGUCGGUGCCAGAGAUGAGAGCCCCAAAGGAUCAAAGGACGACUUCGAAGAACCAAAGAAGAAGAAAAAGUCCAAGAGAAGUUCCGUUGCUGACUCAUCGAGUAUCUACAGUGAUAUUGGUGCUCAGUCUGUCGGUGACCUUUCGCGCUCGAUGUCCAAUGGAAACGGCGACAAGAAUAGCGCCUACGAUGAUGGCGAUGACUCGGGCGAGAAGACUAAGACGAGAUCCAGAUCCGAAAGUCAAUCUUCGAAGAAGGAUUCUUUUUUAGGUAGUGCCGGCACCCUUGGCGCGGGUGUCGGCAUUGCGGGUGCUGCUGCUGCAAUUGCUGCUCAGCAGUAUCAGCAAUCAAAAGCCGCAAAUGUGAACAGCAGGGAGACCGUCGAGCAUGAGCAACGCAAAAGCUCCCCAAGCCCCAUCCUACCCCACGAAAUCCGUGAUCCCGAGAUCACAGAACGACAAUUCAGACCUUCAAUCGAUCCCCAGUAUGGUGAUCUUCUCCCACUGCCACCAAGCGACCCAGUAUCUCCGAAUGUGGAUCCAAUAGAUGAUCUUCCCGAGCUACCUGAAAGUCGCCCAGAUACUCCGGAGCCUGAGCGUAUCACAAGAGAAAAGUCUAUGAGCGCUGUCCGCAAGAACAUCCAAGAGACUCCGGUGAAGUCCCCAAGCCAAAGCGCAGUGCCAUUGAACUUCCUCAUGCGGAACAGACCACAGCCGUCAUCACCCCGCUUUGUCCGAUCUUCUCCAUUGCAAUCUCCAGCUACUCCGCAUGAAGACUCUCUCUCUUUUCCAAAAGCUCGAUCAAGGCCAACUUCCUGGGAUAACUCAAAAGAGUACAAGCCUCUCUAUCUUGUAGAAAGCCACAGACGUGGGUCAAGUGCUCAAAUGGAGAUGGAAGAGGAUCUUCCAGCUCUCCCCCCUAGUCAAGGGACUUCGCGCAGUUCUUCACAGCUCGAGAUUGGAGAGUUGGCAAAAGAUCCACUGUCAAUUGACACUGACCUAGCAUCGUCGAAAUCGGCCGAGCUACUUGGCUCGGAACAAUCAACACCAAAGGCUGCAGUUAUGACUCGAGAUGACCAUGCUAUUGACGACUCAUUCGAUGACAUGAAUCUGACGGCAGAGUCAGGCCUAUCUUCACACCCAGAGCGAAGACCAUCUUCCCCUGUGCCGAAAUCUCACUUCAGGGAACAUGUUGCUGAAGCCGCUGCAGCAGCAGGACUAGUUUCCGCGAUUGGGUAUUUUGCUUCAUCUCCAACCUAUCCAGAGAACAAGGAAUCCUCCUUGGAUGAGUUGCCAUCUGUGCCACGACAACCUUCGCCUGUUGAUCCAAUGACGAAAGAUAGGAGCUCUUAUUUACUUCAGUCAUCGCCAUUGUCCAAAAAGUUCGAGGAAUUCGAACCUGUUGAUCGAGAUUUGGAUUCGCCAAGUAGAAAUCAAAAGUCGUCUCGUUCCAGCAGUAAUGCAAUGGAGAGCAUUCAAGAACGGGAAGCGACUGAUGUCUUUGGAUCACCGAAAGCCAGGCCAGAAGAUAUCGAAUACGAACAUGAGCAGACCACGGAUGUUCUUUCUACUUCACCAUACGAUGACCUCGCCGACCAAGAAAAGACUCAUGAGAUUCCGGAGCUACUAGCCAAGGAUUUACAUGAACUUGAUGGCCCCACUGUUGAAGAAACCGAACCAGUUGAGGAGUUUACCUUCACCAAGUCCAAGAAAGACAAGAAAAGAGACAAGAAGAAAGGCAAAGGUCUCUCUCGCUCUUCCACACAAGAGGAUUUCACGAUCCCAGACGCUAGCAAAGACGGCGCUCAAGACACACCUGGUCAAGCCGAAGCCAAACCAACUGAUGAUGAGUUCUUCAUUACAAAAUCUAAGAAGGAUAAGAAGAAAGGCAAAGGACUCUCUCGCUCUCUGACGGAAGACGAUAUGGUAAUUCCCGAGCCUAGCAAAGAUAUCGCUGAAGAGACAACGGGUCCACCCGAGACCGAACCCGCUCAGGAUGAGUUCUUCGUCACAAAAUCCAAGAAGGACAAGAAAAAAGACAAGAAGAAGACCAAAUCGAUAUCAGCUUGGGAGCCGGAGGAACCUGAGAGUGUGCCACACCAAAUCGAGGAGCCUGUGGCGGAGAUAACUCGAGAUGUGUCUGAAGAGAUAGCUACGCCCGCGGAUGUCGAGCCUCUCCAUGAAUUUUCGACUCCGAAGUCAAAGAAGGACAAGAAGAAGUCCGUCGUAGCUUGGGAGCCUGAAGCAUCCGCGAGCGCUGCACAGACUACCGAGGAAUUGCCACAAGAGCCAACUCGAACACUGUUGGAAGACACCUCUAUUGCUGCUGAUAAUGAAUCACUCGAGGAGACUAAAGCAUCCGAGAGCACUGUACAGACUACCGAGGAAUUUCCACAAGAGCCAACUCGACCACUAUUGGAAGACACCUCUAUUGUUGCUGACAAUGAACCACUCGAGAAGACUGAAGCAUCUGAGAGCGCUGUACAGAUUACGGAGGAAUUUCCGCAAGAGCCAACUCGACCACUAUUGGAAGACACCCCUAUUGCUACUGACAAUGAACCACUCGAGGAGACUGAAGCAUCCGAGAGCGCUGCACAGAUCGCCAAGGAAUUUCCACAAGAGCCAACUCGAACACUGUUGGAAGAUACCCCUAUUGCUGCUGACAACGAACCACUCGAGGAGUUCGUCAUUACGAAGUCCAAGAAAGACAAGAAAAGGGGCAAGAGGAAGUCCGUUGCAGCUUGGCAGCCUGAAGCAUCCGAGAGCGCUGCACAGACUACCGAGGAAUUGCCACAAGAGCUAACUCAAACACUGUUGGAAGAUACCCCUAUUGCUGCUGACAACGAACCACUCGAGGAGUUCGUCAUUACGAAGUCCAAGAAAGACAAGAAAAAGGGCAAGAGGAAGUCCGUUGCAACCGAGGAACCCGACGCGUAUGAGAGCGUACCGCAAACGAUUGAACAACCGGAGCAAGAACCAACUCGGGCCAUGUUCGAAGAUGUUUCAAUUCCUGUCGAGAAUGAAGCAGUUGGCGAGUUCUUCACAACAAACUCCAAGAAGGGCAAGAAAAAAGACAAGAAGCAGGCAAAACCACCUACCUGGGAGCCUGAGGAGGAAAUCACAUCUCAACCGCUUGCAGAACCUACAGUUGAAAAGAACCGAGUCUUUGCGGAAGAGACAACAACUCCUGCUGAGAUUGAAGCAACCGAAGACUUUUCCUUCGGCAAGUCUAAGAAAAACAAGAAAAAGGAUAAGAAGCGGUCCAGGCCAACCUCAACUGUAGGGACUGAGAAAGAUGAGACUGAAGCCCCUGUAUUGGACACAACUCGAGAUCUUGUCGAAGAACCGGUCUCCAUAUUGCACGAAUCUUCUGCGCCUGAGACUGCAAUCGCAGAGCCUGCCACAGAUUUGACGAUAAGUCAAGCGCCCGAAGAUCAUGAGGAGAUCAUCGAAGCAGAAUUCACACCAAAAGAUAGUCGACUAGAGCCCGUCGAAGAUGUUGCUCAAGAACCUCCUGUUAGCGAUGACUUCACAGCCUUUGAGACCAAGAAGGUCAAGAAGAAGAAAGGCAAAUCAUUGAUGAGUUGGGGACAGGAAGAGGAAGAAGCCGUUCCCACCGAAUCAGUGCCUGAGGAAACCCAACAAGACACCAGUCGAGAUGUCCCAGAAGAUGCACCGGCCGCUGACCAGUUCUUCGUUACCAGGAGCAAGAAAAGCAAGAAGGAGAAAAAGCAGCGAGGCGAAUUAGUCACUGCGUGGGAGCCCGAGGAGGAUUCCGCAGCACUACCGACAGCUCCAGAAUUUGAGGAUACUCAAGACUUCGAUGCUGCUACAUUCAAAAGAGGCAAAAAGAUGAACAGAAAGUCAUCAUCAUUUGUUCCCGAUGAUGAUCUUUCUUCCACAGCUCGACAAGAACCUGUCGAAAGUCUCGCUGCUCAAGAUGAUACGCCUCGGUCAAUCGACGUUCCGGAAUCCGAGGAAAGCCACCUGCCAGCAGAGAAUUUGCCAACAACGGAGCAAGUGAAAUCCAUCGAGCCUGAAAAUAUUCUCGAUGCACCAGAGAGCCUAUCAUCAAAGCCCACGCCUAUGGGUGGGCCUGGUGCGUGGCCAAUCACGCCUGCUACCCCCUGGACUGGCGGUGACGUGCCUAAUUCUUCGAGCAAAGAAUAUUUUCCAUCAACAGAAACAUCUCAUGGUCCUUUGAAUCGCGAAAUGCCGGAAGAUUUGCAAAGCAAAGAGUCGUUCCCGUUUACGGAGACUGUCUUGCCAAUUGUCGCUGCCGGUGCUGCUCUUCUUGGUGCAGAGUCGAUGAAGAGAGAAUACUCGCAUCCUAUUGAAGGCUUAUACAAGGAUACUACGACCUCGAAGUCCAUGCAUGUGAACGAGCCUUCACUUUCACAAUCUGAUUCGAAAUCCGCUCCUGAUGGCUUCACCGCUGGCUCUGACAACGACCAGCUCAGCCUCGCAAAACGAUUGCAGGAAGAGUUCAGUGGUGGCAGCAAAAGGUCAAAGAAGGAUAAGAAGCGACAAAGCUUGCCUCCGACACCUGCUCGAGAGGCCUCAAGAUCCAGGACUGUGGAAGAGUUGCCCGAGUCGCAUCCGAGGGCAAGGAGUCUUUCUAUCGGACCCCCUGCUCCAGACGCUUACAGCGAGGAUAAACUUGAGCUUGCUCGCCAGUUCAAAGCAGAUUCCGAGUCGGGAAGCAAGAAAUCUAAAAAGGACAAGAAGAAGCGACAAGGAUUAUCGCGCUCCUCAACUCAAGAUGACAUGGGUUUUGAUAGAGACGUGGAAGAUUCGCAAGCGACUGUCCCGGAAAUCUGCAAGGAUUCUCAGGAUCCAGAAACUUUGGAGACUGCUCCAAAGGGUGACGGCUUUGCUGCUGGUUAUCAAGAAGACCAACUUUCUCUGGCACGUCAAUUACAAGCAGAGUUUGGGAAGAAGUCAAAGAAAGACAAGAAACGCCGAAGCACUUCACAGACCCCUCAAGAUCAAGUGCCUCGCGACGACUACUUCGGUGAGCCAUCUCGUGCUCCCAUCCCCGAUGUAAUGGAGCAAGAGCCCACAGUCCAAGUUCCAGAACCAAGCGUCCAGGAUAUAGCACGCGACGGAUUGGCUGUGCGGUACAGCUCGGAACAACUCGAACUUGCUCGACAAUUGAAAGAAGAAUUUGGAUCUGGCUCCAAGAAAGGCAAGAAGGACAAGAAAGACAAGAAACGCCGAAGUACUUCUCAAACACCUCUAGAACAAGAGCCACGCGACGAUUACUUUUGUGGGCCAUCUCAACCGCCGCUUCACGAUGAAGAUGACCAAGACCGAGGAGCUUCAAUGCCGGAUUCAAAUGCUGAAACAGGUCCUACACGCGAUGGACUGGCCGUGGGAUAUAAGAUGGAGCAGCUAAAGCUUGCACGGCAACUGAAGGAAGAAUUCGGAUCUGGCUCCAAGAAGUCGAAGAAGGACAAGAAAGACAAAAAACGCGGGAGCUUACUUCGGACGAAUACCGAAGACAACUAUUCAUCUGAUGCUCAACCAGGAGAUGCGGAGAGCGGCAAUUUCGAAGCCCCACAACCAGAUUUUGCUGAAGCUAGUCCUGCGAACGAGCCUGAAGAUGAAUUUUCUUUCGUGACAAAGAAGUCAAAGAAGGACAAGAAAGACAAGAAGCGCGGCAGCUUGCUUCUGUCGAAUAUCGAAGAUGACCUUCCACUUGAUGCUCAACCGAGAGAUGCGGACAGUCGCAACUUCGAAGCCCAACAGGAGCUCGCCGAAGCUAGCCCAAUCAAUGUACCCGAAGAUGAAUCUGCUUUUGUUACAAAGAAGUCCAAGAAAGACAAGAAGGGUAAAAAGCGUGCAAGUCUUUUGCCGGAUACCCAAGGCGACGUAUUCCCGUCUGAAACCAUCUCUUCGCCUACUAACGAUGUUGCCAAAACACGAGACAUUGAUGCGCCAGAGCCUGCACUUUUUGAAGAAGGACCCAACGAGUCUGCCCAGCUAGAAGACGACUUUGGCUUUACGAAAAAUUCUGAAAAGGACAAGAAAGGCAAGAAACGAGACAGCGUCUUACAAACCUCUGCUGAGGAUGAUUUGCCCGCCGAGACUCGAUUUGAAGGCCGAGACGAAAGUCGAAAUGUUGAUGUCCUAACUCAGCCCGACUUCACACCAGAAUUUUCUGCUGAGCCCGUGGCCGUUGAACCAGAAGACGAAUUCUCUACCUCCACCAAGAAGUCCAAGAAAGACAAGAAGGGCAAGAAACCGGACAUCGUCUUACAAUCGGCAGCAGAAGAAGACAUUCCCAUUGUUGAUUUCGGAAAAGAAGUUGAAACUUUGCACGCCUCUCGUGACACAGAGUCAAGAGAGAUUGAUCUUGAGCCAGCUCAAGCAGUACCAGAAGCUGACUGGAGUGUCCCGGAAAAGCCUUCGAAGAAAAACAAGAAGAAGCGUCAAAGCACAAUUGCUCAAGAGCAGCCGUAUGGUCAACCUGAAGUUGAAGCGAGCUCUACACAGCCAGAACAGGAGCUGUCGAUGCCCAACAGCACAUCAGAAGCUGUUGAUGAGGCAAGUGACGAUUUCGGGUUCUCAUCAAAGAAAUCCAAGAAAGACAAGAAGAAACGUGGAAGUUUGCUUCGAAGCGCGACUUUUGACGAGACACCGGAGGAGAUAACCAGCGAGAUGCAACCUGAAUAUGAGAGCCGAGAUCUAGUCGACGAGGCUGGUGCCGCAACUGCUCCAUUAGCAGAUGACCAAGAUGAUGGAUUCGAAUACUCGUCCAAGAAAUCGAAGAAGGACAAGAAGAAACGUGGAAGUUUGAUUCGAAGUUCGACUUUCGACGAGAUACCCGUAGAGCAAGCCAAUGAUGUCAAGUUCCAGCAUGACUCCGAGAAUCGAGAUUUAGGCGACGGUAUUAAUGCCACUCUUGCUUCAGUAGCAGAUGAUCAAAAUGAUGGAUUCGAGUAUUCUUCCAAGAAAUCGAAGAAAGACAAGAAGAAACGUGGCAGUUUGCUUCGAAGCUCCACACUCGAUGAGACACCAACAGAACAAGUCAAAGAUGAUAAGGCCCCGCCUGAGCCCGAGAGCCAAGAUAUAGCUGGCGAUCCUGGCGCUGCAGUUGCUCCAUUAGCAGUUGAUCAAGCCGGUGAAGCGGAGUAUUCCUCCAAGAAGUCAAAAAAGGAAAAGAAAAAGCGCAAGAGCUUGCCGCAAACAACUAUGCCUGAAGACCUGCCCAAGGAGAUCGAGCAACCUCGCAAGCAAGACGAUGCUGUUCUAAGUAGCGUUGCUGAAGAUAGUCGACCUACAAUUGUCGAGACUGAUCGCGCUCCUGAGCCAGAGCCAGCUAUCCGUGAAUCGACUUUCCACGAAGACAAAUCACUUAGCCAGCCUGCAAAUAUCAUCACUGAGCGUGAAGACUCUCAAACGGCGACCCGUGAAGCAGCUUUCGAAGAAGACAGUUCCAUCAACCAGCCAGAAGAUGAGGUAUCGACGAGCGGCCCCCCAGAUAUCUUCCACGAUUUUGCAUUUACGACCAAGAAGUCCAAGAAAGACAAGAAAAAUCGAAAAGACUCUACCAAGGAUGAUUCUGAAGAAACUUCUGGAGUCUCCACCCCAUUGGACCCUAUGGCGGAGCCGAAACCGAUUGUUGAAACCUCCAUUCCUGCAGAAAAAGAAGACACUGUUCCGAGUGAUCAACCUCUGGAGCGAGAUCUGGAUUCGUUCACAGUCCCUGCAUCGGCACAACAGGAAGAGGAACCCACUGAUGAAUGGAGCUCUUUCUCAGUCAAGAAAUCGAAGAAAGAAAAGAAGAGAAAGGCCUCAAAAACUGCAUCAUUGGGACCAUCUAUUCCUCGGUUAGAGCCUAUCCUGGACCCCGAAGUUGCCAUUGAGGAGCGCCAGUUGCCCACAAACGAUCUAAUGGAAGGAAACAGAGCAAUUGAGGAACCGUCAAGUCGAGCAAUUGAGGUGCCCAUCAGUCAAGUCAUGGCAGACGACACCGAGGCGCCAACAGAUGAAUGGGCAUCUUUUUCAAACAAAAAAUCAAAGAAGGACAAGAAAAAGAGCAAGAGCUUAUCUAGAAGUCUGUCUGAGGGACCAUAUGAGAUACCAAGUCUAUCAGAUCCUAUCGUCGAACUAGAAACGAGUAUGACGGAGCCGUCCCGGCCAACAGAAAAUAUAUCCAAGGAGCAAUCAGCAAGCGAAGUACCUCGAGUACCGGACGAAGUGACUGUUGCUACGACAAAGGAAGACAUCGAGCAGCCAGCGGAUGAGUGGGCGUCUUUCGCAACCAAGAAGUCGAAAAAGGAUAAAAAGAAGAGAAAAUCUGGUCUUUCUACUCCCGCCGAACUAACCGAGGAGAUUUUGUCUCUCGAGCACGCAAGUUCAUUUACGGAAGAGCCCCUUCCACCAGUCUUGGAAUCCGCCGAACCAACGGAAGAGAUUUCAUCUUUCGAACACGAAAGUUCAUUUAUGGAAAAGCCCCUUCCACCAAUCUUGGAAUCCGCCGAACCAACAGAGAUUUCAUCUUUCGAGCACGAAAGUUCAUUUACCGAAGAGCCCCUUGAACCAGUCUUGGAAUCCGCCGAACCAACGGAAGAGAUUGCCGAACCAACAGAGGAGAUUUCGUCUCUCGAGCACGAAAGUUCAUUUACUGAAGAGCCCCUUCCACCAUUCUUGGAAUCCGCCGAAGCAGAACACGGCAUGCCUACGGUUCAAAAACAGGAACCUCUGUCCAGAGCUUUUGAAGAUGAAGUCCCCGAGAACUCAGAGACCCAGGUCCAAGAUUCCGAAGAUCUGGGGCCGACAAAUGAAGAAUCCAAGGAGCAAGAAGCCACUGACGACGCAUUUGCUUCUGUCACCAAACGAUCGAAGAAGGAUAGGAAAGGCAGCAAAAGAUCAUCCCGCGCUCCUUCCGAGAGCAGAGCCUCUACAUUAGGCCCAGCUGAUGCCUUGCCGAUAGAAACUACUGAAGCUGAAACUCACCCCCCUUCAGGGCAAAUAGUCUCGAGCCCGGUUACCAUGAAGGACGAGAACUUGGAAGAAACCCAUCAGGCCGAAAGACAUGCCGUCGAGCAGGCUGUUGACGACGAGAGAAAAGACCCUUCUGGUGAUGAUCUUUUCCGGACUCCAUCAAAGAAAGACAAACGAAAACGCCAAGCCACUGUUGCCGAUAUCUCUUUGGGCGAUGGUAUGGAUUCAUCUAAGCCACCGUUGACGUCUUGGGCAGACGAAGUCGAGGAGGCCGAAAUUGAAAGACAAAUACCCGUUAUUCAAGAUAUCGCGAAGGAUGAGUCACUAUCUCACAUUGCAAGCACAAUCGAAACCACUCCUGUCGAUGAUUUCUUCAGACCUACCAAGAAGGGCAAAAAGGGCAAAAAGAGGAUUUCAGAACCCGCGUCUUCAGUCGAAUCUUCCAGACCUGCGACUUCAUCUGGAAUGCCAAAGGAUGAAGCGGCUGACGAUCACAGUAAUCUUGCAAUACUUGCAGCGACGGGUGCCGCGCUUGCUGGUGCAGCAUUGCUCAGCAAAGGCGACGAGACUCGGGAGAUCCCAUCCCAAAGUGCUGGUUCAACUACGCCUCAGAGAAAACUGUCGAAAAAAGAAAGAAAAAACAAAAGAAUUGAUCUUGGGCCUGCGCCACGAGACGAUAUCUUCGAUGAUCCUGCCUUGUGGGAAGGCGCUGAACCUAAACCGCACGAGGAAGUCAUGCAUGUCGAUGAUGAUUCUGGAAGCGACGGCUUUGGAUUUGCUUCUAGAGAUAUGGACGAGCCAAUAUCAACCCAUCAGCCAUACGAGACCAGAGAGCCAACACUUGGCUAUGAACAUCAUAAGCAUGUGGAGGAAGCCAGGCCAGUCUCCCCAGCCGCUGAAACCAAAUUCAUCCCGAAAGAAUCUACCCGCACCCGCGAAAGAGAAAUGGACUGGGAUAACCGCCAUGCGACUACCGAAGCAUUUCAAGAGGAUCACGAUCUUCACGGGGAAGAGCAACUAGAGCGUCAAAUUUCAGAAGAAUUGGAUCAGAGAUCGUCAACAGGAGACGAGAGAACCGCCACCCAACUUCCUUCCAGCAUAUAUGUUCCCCAAGAGCCCAUACAGCACAGGGAAGACAUCUACAUCAAUGAUCCACAUUUCUCCCAGCCAUCAAGAAGCAUCGUGGACACUCCACCCUCAGACAAAGGUGUUUCGUUCGAAGAGCCUCCGCCAAUCAUCCAUGAACACAUCUCGACGCCGUCGAGAUCCUCUACUAAACAACCUUACAGCGAGAAGAGUGUCGCAUUCGAGGAUGUGACCGACCAUAGCCCCGCUAGGCCUCUUAGUACCAGUAAAUAUGGCCGCACAUCGUUCUCGGACCUACCAGUUGUGCCUGAAGAAUCUGAACACCCCCCGGCCCACCCUCACCAUGAUUUUGAGGGCAAUCGUGACAGUGCGUUUGUCACGGGGUCACCGAUUCCACGACAUCAAUUCACUGAUGAUCAUGAGCAUGUCCGUGACAGCGGUGUGCAUCUUCGCGACUUUUCACCAGCGGAGAAAGCACGAGCACACGCCUCUUCGACAGAUGCUGCUCUUGCUAAACUUUCCUGGCCUCAGGUCGACGAGGAAACAGAGACUGUUGACCUCCAUCGGUCUCAGAGAAUUGUCGUAGAAACUUCUACUGGUCAUCGCCAUCAAGAAAGAGUCCCUUCAGAGACUCGCGACUCUCAUCCUCAUGAAUCGCACCGAUCUCAAGGCGAGAAGGCAACACACCCCGACAAAGCACCUCUUACAAGUCGAGACAUCUUCCCCUCUUACAAAUCGACUGAAGAGAUUUCUGGAAAGCAUCAUGGUCGUGAUGAAGGGACGAACCGAGCCUACCUCCCAUCUCAACAUAGCACGGAGGAGAGGCACACGGAUCUUCACAGAGUUCCUACCAUCCAUGAAAGCCGAAAACCAAGAGAAGACAGUCUAGUUAAGCAACGCCUGCAGCGAUUUGAGUCUCCAGACCUCCAACAUCCUAUCAAACCUAAAGAAGACAAAUACUCAGAACUUGCAACGUCCCAAAGGCCUAAAGCUGAGCGACCUAAAGGAAUGAGUGAGGUGGAAGCAGGUGCGGCAAUUGCAGGCGCAUCUCUUGGUUUUGCAGCAGCGAGAAAACUAAGUCAAGAACAACGGCCGUCUAGCGCCCAAAGUCAGAGAUCAUCAUCAAACAUCAACCGGUUGCGAACUCCAGACCCUAAACGACCUGACAGUGUCGCCAGCAAUCGCUCGGGCACACCUCCCCUCCGCCGUAGCGAUCGGAAGCUAAGCGGGGAUUUGAGGUCGCUCAGCCAACGGAGCAAGCCGGAUCUCGCUAAAGAAGCUGAGCUAGCCGCCCUCGCAUCUUCAACUUCAGUGCACACAGCAAACCCAACAGCCAACGAGGGCCGUGUCCGGGCCAAGGACAUGGCGACAGAUGUCUAUGAUGGCUUUGGUGAGGGCCGCAUGGGCUCGCCGCGAUCACCGACACGACCCCACAGCAUGCGCCGACGACAAAGCAUGCAGGUCCUCGACCUCGAAUCCAAAGUCGAACAACUAGCUGCCGAAAAUCGCUUGCUCGCAGAAGCAAAAUCCCAAGCUGAACGUACAUUGGCGUCCACUUCGCAUGCCUCCUCAUCCUUGAUCGAAAAGGAUGCCGAAAUCGACAGCCUCAAACGAACACUCGACUGGCUGCAAAACGAAGUAACGAGGCUUACACAAGUAAAUGAUGGCCUAAACAGUGCGCAUGUUGAGCUGGGACGGCAACAUAAUGAACGGUAUGGCACGCUCGAAUCCCAACAUGUUCAGAGCACGCGCGAGCUGCAGGAGGUCCGCGACGCACAUGACAGCUUGUCAGCGGGUAUGGAAGCGAUCGUGAGGAACGAAGUACAAAGCGCUGUACAUGAUAAGGAUCGUGAGAUAGCUCAGUUGCGUGCUGAACUCGAUGCAGCGAAAGAACGAAUCAGAGAGAUGCAACGUCAAAUACUCGCAUCGAAAGCGAACGAGAUCGAUUUCCUAACUGUUAGGGAUGAGGAUUACUUCGACAACGCUUGCCAGUCGCUCUGCCAGCACGUACAGCAAUGGGUACUGCGGUUCUCGAAGUUUUCUGACAUGAGAGCUUGCAGACUCUCAAGCGAGAUCAACAAUGACAAGACCAUUGAUCGACUCGACAAUGCUAUUUUGGAUGGUUCGGACGUGGACCACUAUCUAGCAGACAGGAUCAAGCGCCGAGAUGUGUUCAUGUCGAUGACAAUGAACAUGGUGUGGGAAUUCAUCUUCACACGAUACCUCUUUGGCAUGGACAGAGAACAACGACAGAAGCUUAAAUCGUUAGAAAAGACGUUGUCUGAAGUUGGACCUGCCGCCGCAGUUCACCACUGGCGUGCAACCACGCUCACGUUAUUGUCGAAACGUGAUGCAUUCAUCCAGCAACGAGAGACAGACACCCAGGCCGUUGUGCACGCAAUCAUCGAGACAUUAUCGGAGAUUCUACCUCCGCCAAGCAAUCUGGAGACUCAGAUUGAAGAACAAUUGACAAGGGUGAUGAAAGAGGCAGUCGAUCUUUCGAUCGAGAUGCGAACUCAGCGUGCGGAGUAUAUGAUGCUCCCGCCUCUGCUUCCCGAGUACGACGCAAAUGGAGACCUCGCAAGCAAGGUGUCGUUCAAUGCAGCAUUGAUGAACGAACGCAGUGGGGACACGGUCUCUAACGAAGAAUUGGAGAAACAAAAGGCCGUCGUCAGAGUUGUCUUGUUCCCGUUGGUCGUCAAGAAGGGCAACGACAAGGGAGAAGGUGAUGAGGAGAUUGUUGUCUGCCCUGCACAGGUUCUCGUGGCCAAGCCCAAGAAGUCAGUGAGGGUCUUCAGUCAGGGAAGCACGCAGGGACAUUCAAGGGUUUCAUUGCAGAGUACCAUGCCUGCCGAUUAUGGAGAAGGGAGCGUCAUUUAGAAGGUUGAUAUCCUUUGGGCGAGAUUCACCGGCGUUUUCUGCUUUAAGCAAUCAUGAUGACUUGUAGGAAUUGUUGUAUUUUGUAUACUUCUCUUUAGGUUUUCAAAAGUAGGUAGAUAAUUCUUUUCAGAGUG